AUGGAUAUUCAACGAAGAGAUGUUCUCGAUCCUAUUACUAGAGAUCGAGCAAGAAGGAAACGUUCCGAGACAGUCAGCCAGGCAUUAGACAAUGAGGAAACUUUAUACUUCUGCAACGUCACUCUGGGUACUCCAAAACAGAAUUUACGUCUGGUUCUCGACACAGGAAGUAGUGAUUUGUGGUGCAAUACGCCAAAUUCUACUCUCUGUGAAUCUCGCCAAAAUUCCUGCGUCCAAUCAGGUACAUACGACCCGAGUUCUUCCUCUUCAUAUUCAUUUGUGAAUUCCGACUUCAAUAUUAGCUAUGCCGAUGGAUCCAGCGCCAUCGGGGACUAUGUUACCGACACGCUUACCAUCGGUGGCACAACUAUUAAAGACUUCCAAUUUGGCGUUGGGUUUUUGUCUGGCUCUCCAGAGGGUGUGCUGGGUAUAGGCUAUACUGCAAAUGAAGUUCAGGUUGGCAGAAACGGAGACUCACCUUAUGCCAACCUACCCAAGGCAAUGGUCGACAAAGGAAUAAUCCAAUCAAAUGCCUACAGUCUCUGGCUGAAUGACCUGGAUGCGAGCACAGGCUCGAUUUUAUUUGGUGGAGUCAACACUAAGAAAUACCACGGCACCUUGCAAACAGUCCCCAUCCAGAAGGUCCGAGGACAGUACGCGGAAUUCAUCAUUGCGCUCACUGAAAUUUCCCUCACUACUUCUUCCGGUACACAAACCCUUUCUUCGAGUUCCAUUCCUGCAGGUGUGUUACUGGAUUCGGGAAGCUCUCUUUCAUACCUUCCAGACACCAUUGUUCAGGAGAUCUACAACAACCUCGGAGUCUCCUACGAGGCGGACAAUGGUAUUGGUUAUGUUGAAUGCGAUAUAGCAGACCAGGACAUCACCCUCAGUUACACGUUCUCAUCCCCGACGAUAAACGUGGGCAUCGACGAGAUGGUCAUCGACGUUGGCGACCUCUAUUUCAAGGACGGCAAGCGGGCCUGCGUUUUCGGUAUCGUUCCCGCGGGAGGCAGCACCGCAGUCCUGGGAGAUACAUUCCUUCGCAGUGCGUACGUGGUAUACGAUCUCGCCAAUCAUGAAAUCUCCCUCGCCAACACCAACUUCAAUGCGGUGGAGAAUGAUAUCUUGGAGAUCGGAACUGGCAGUGAUUCCGUCCCAGGUGCGAGUGCAGUCUCAAACCCAGUGACUACUGCCCCAGUUGGUGGUGCCGCUGCUCGAAUUGGAGGUCCGCAUGGAGGCUCCACCGGCCUUUCUGGCUCGGCCUCUGCCACAGGGAACAUGGCCAUUCCUAAAGCGACAGCUAUGCCGAAACACCUGGCCGCUGGCCUUGCUGGAGUAGGGGCUCUUCUGGUGCUUUAA